UUUCAGUCGAUCUCAGGAUUCCGCCGCGGCAAAACGCACGAAUUCAAAUUGAAAAAGUGUUUCUUUUUUCGCUUCCUGUGCCUGUAGCAUACCUUCCAACAGACAAGUUCAUUGGGCGGGAAAAUCCGCCCCGUCAGUGUACGACCCCUCGAAUGGGUGAAUGUGUGGCGGGGAGUAAUCUGAUGAAGUGAUCUUGUACCGAAAAGUUAAUUUCGAACGAAUGACAGCGUUUUAAAAGUUAUGAAAAAAGAUCGAAAGCAGGAAAACAUUAUCUGACCACGGGAAACAAGAAUACUCGUUCGUAAUCAUUUGUCAUUAAUAAUUAAUCGUGCUUGAAAUCGGCAUUAAAAGAUUCUUCUAACGAACGAAUAAACAAAACAGUGAUGCGAUAAGACGAUGGCACUAAAAGUGACGCGAAAAUGUUUAGUCUACUCCGUUCUGGCGGUACUCGUGUGCGCUGCCGUGCUCACUACCAUUUUAGUGCUCGCUCUGCGCGACGACGAUGAAAUCAUGAAGAGCUACAAGUUCAGCAGCAGUGAUUUGGUUAUCCAGCUGAUGGAGCAGCCCGAUCAUCGGUAUGUGAUCGGUUUGGUCAGAGAUGACAUGCUGAUACAGCGCAUCACACUGGACCACGACUUCACCGACAACUCGGAAGUAGAAACUAUCCCCGAUGGUCUUCGACUGGAAGGCAACGGUCAGCAGAUCGAAAUCAGAAACCUCGAAGAUACAAGCAAUUUUUCCUUGAUCAGUAUUACGCGAACACUUCGGAAAGGGCAAAUUAUAUCCGAUGUGAUCCAAACCAAUCAAGUAGUUCGGGAACGGGAAGUCCAAUGGUAUGGUGGACCGGAACAGAAGGAACAGUAUUAUCCGGUGCAAAGGCUACGUUUCGAGGAUUAUGCCUACGUACCGAAAGAGUUGGACAGUGCGGCGAUUGUGGAACGCUACUGGCUGAAUUCGGCUGGAGUGUUUUUCUACGUUGAAAAAGAAGUUCCGUUGUUUAUUGAUCAGGACGAGAGCACGUUAAGGUUUACCGCCAAAAAGGAGUUACCUUACUACACGUACGAUGAUACGUUCGUAUUCAACUAUCGCAUUGGAAUAGCAAGGGAUGCGAAAGAGGCACACAUGAAAGCGGUUGAUAAAGCGCUUAACAAACCAGUCGGUAUACCCGACGAACGUAUGGUUAGGUACCCGAUUUGGUCAACAUGGGUGCGUUAUGGUAGACCUAUCAGUCAGCAGACGGUGUUAGAUUUUGCCACCGAGAUUAAUGGCUAUGGAUUCAAGAACGCUCAACUCGACAUCGAUGACUUUUGGGAGACCUGUUAUGGCUCGUUGAUGUUCAAUUCGAUAACCUUUCCGAAUAUUACGGAGUUGACUGAGCAGCUAAAAGAAAUUGGCUUUCGAGUGACGGUCUGGAUUCAUCCGUUCAUCAAUAAAAACUGCCAACCGUGGUACACGGAAGCGCUAUCUAAAGGCUUCUUGGUUAAAUCACACAAUGAAUCAAUCGGGUAUAAUACCAGAUGGUGGAACAGUGGCGAAAAUGAAGCAUCCUACAUCAAUUUCAACAACCCAUUGGCAGUCGAGUGGUUCCGCCAGCGACUUCAAGAGUUGCGAGAACAAGGCAUCGACAGUUUCAAGUUUGACGCCGGUGAAACCAGUUGGGCGCCGGAAGAUCCAGAUAUAGAGGGACCAACAGCUCUGUUCCCAUCCAGUAUGACUACCAAUUUUGUAAGGAUGUGUGCCGAGUUCGGCCCGAUGAUAGAGGUUCGAACCGGUUGGACGACACAGGAUUUGCCGGUGUUUGUAAGGAUGCUGGAUUUGGAUACGCACUGGGGAAUUCACAACGGGCUGCAAUCACUGAUUCCAACUCUGCUGCAGAUGAACUUGAAUGGUUAUCCGUUCGUGCUGCCGGAUAUGAUCGGUGGUAAUGUGUACGGGGAUGAUAUACUGACAAAGGAACUGUUUAUCAGAUGGAUGCAGGCUAACACGUUUAUGCCCAGUAUGCAAUUCUCGAAAACACCAUGGGAUAUAGAUCUGGAGACUGUUGAAAUAACUAAACGCUUUGUUUCAUUACACGAGGACUAUUCGGACUAUAUUUUGCAGAGAAUGCGACUUGCCGUAGCGGAAGGUAUUCCCGUAAAUCCACCUAUCUGGUGGUUGGAUCCGGAUGAUGAAAUUGCGUUGAAAAUUGAUGACGAAUAUCUCGUCGGGGACGACAUACUGGUUGCACCGGUUUUGACUGAAUUCGCGUCUAAACGUGAUAUCUAUCUCCCAAAGGGUACCUGGCGGGACGGCAAUAAUAAUCAGGUGUACGAAGGAGGUCGAUGGUUGAGCAACUAUUCCGCCCCAAUGAGUACUUUGCCGUAUUUCGUUAAGACGUCGUUUCAAAUGAGAUAGUAACCGCGAAUGAGCCAUACUAUAAUAUAGUUCAACCAAAUGUGAGAUAUUGUAAAUAAUGUACUAAUUCGUGGGUUUAAAAGCGGUUGGUGGAUUUUCGAAGAAUAAAAAGAUUUUAUACAUACCGUUGGGACGAA